CCCCACGGCUCAACAUCCCCCUCCCGAGCGACAAUCCCACGUCACCCACAGCUCUGCCCGAAAGGCCCCGGCCGCUUCGACGCGACUCUUGUCAGGUCUCCAAACGUCCCUCGGGCCCCGAGCCCCGUCGGAGCCGCCCUGCUCGGGGCCCUGCAGUAGCUCCCGGUGUCCGGCCCGGGCCGUCGGGCUGCGAGUCCCGCUCUCGGGGAGCCCAGCCCCCCCUCACUCUCCACAUUCCGGACGAACUGGUCCUCGGCCCUUCCGGGCCCUUGACAUUCCAUCCUCUGCUCCUCGACUUAACCUGGACUGUCCCUCCCUCACCUCGGGGCCGGCCCCGGGCCGCCUUCCCUGCGCUCCCCGCCCCCGCUCCGGCCCCCAGAGCCCCCCGAGAAAGCCGCCGGGUCCGUCCCUCCUUAAAGGUCGGCGAGGGCGCUUUGCCCAAGAGGGAAAUGGAUGAAGAUCAGAAGGGAGGCUUUGGGGCGGUGGGGUCGGUGUCUGUAGUUUGUGUGGAAUGUGUGGUGGUGGGGCUAGUGGCAGUAACAGGGGUAGUAGUAGUAGUAGUACUGAUGGUAGUAACAGGGGUAGUAACAGGGGUGGUACUAAUGGUAGUAACAGAGGUAGUACUAGUGGUAGUAACAGUGGUGGUACUAAUGGUAGUAACAGUGGUAGUACUAGUGGUAGUAACAGAGGUGGUACUAAUGGUAGUAGCAGUGGUAGUAACAGUGGUAGUAACAGGGCUAGUACUGAUGGUAGUAACAGGGGUAGUAGUAGUAGUACUAGGGGUAGUAACAGGGGUAGUAACAGUGGUAGUAACAGGAAUACUAAUGGUAGUAACAGGGCUAGUGCUAAUGGUAGUAACAGGGGUAGUACUAAUGAUAGUAACAGGGCUAGUACUAAUGGUAGUAACAGGGCUAGUGCUAAUGGUAGUAACAGGGGCAGUACUAAUGGUAGUAACAGGGGCAGUAACAGGGGCAGUAGCGGUAGUAACUACUGCUAGUGCACUGCCGGUGGUACCGGGAGGAGCCGCAGGACUAGCGGUAGUAGGAACAGUAACCACAGCGCAGUAGCAGCGGCAGCGCCAGGAACGGUGGGACUAGGUGGGAGGGAACAGGAGGAACGGGACCGGGGCGGUCACUACUGGGAGUAACGGGACCGGGGCGGUCACUACUGGGAGUAACGGGACCAGAGCGGUCACUACUGGGAGGAACGGGGGCGGCACCGGCGGGCGCACUGGGAGUGACAGCCCGGGACUAGCCUGUGCCCUCACCAGCGCUGCCGCCCCUCCCCCUCCCGCGGGGGCCAAGCGCCCGCCCCCAGGACAGCUGCGGAAGCGAAGCGCCCGAGGCCGGCUCUCGGGCCCAUGGGCCCGCACAGACAGGCUGAGGGGGCGGCGGGGCCCCUACCGGGGCGGAAGCCAGGGCCGCGGGAGGAGGGAGGCCAGAGUCCGCCUGGGCUCUGUGGCACCGAGGGCUUCCCCAGCAGGGGGCGGGGCGGGCCAGGGUCUCUAGCGCCCAGGGGUGCCACAGGGGGCGGGGCGGGCCAGGGUCUCUAGCGCCCAGGGGUGCCGCAGGGGGAGGGGGGCUGUGCGGGGACCGGGGCGUCCUCGGGAGAGCGCAUUGUCUGGGCUUCUAUACAAGUUCCCGGGGUGAGGUAUCGCGAUGUCGGGGGGCAUCUGGAGGCGGGACAUCCAGGGCCAGGCGAGUUCAGAGUUCAGAGGGGGUUGUCUCUGGGGUGAGAGGAUGGCUUGCGCACAUUACACAGAGAGGGGGCGACAGGGCGAGGGGUAGGUAGAGGGUGGGGGCAAUGAUUAGUGAGUUCAAGCGUCUAUGGGGGGUUUACAGGGUUCGGCAAGGAUGCGGGGCGGCGCGUGUCUGCGGGGUCCAGGGCUCCACAUGCAUCAUGGGGAGAAAGAAAUCCCCGAGGUCUGCACCCGGACAGGAUAUGACAUGUCUUCAGGAUCCAGGGAUCUACAUGCAUUAAGGGGGGAGGGGGGAUCCAGGGAGUGUGCAGGGUGGGGCAGUGUCUACACAGUCUACGUCUACGUGGAUAGGGUGUCCCCAGGGGUCCGGGACUGUGCAGGGCGGGGCAGUGGCUGCAGGAGGGGGGUCUAUAUGAGGUGGGAGGGUGUGCGGGGUGGGACAGAGGGUCUAGGGGAAUGUGGGAUGGGGUGUCUACAGAAUCGGGCCGGCGGUUGAGGGGGAUCCCGGUCCCUAAAGGGCGGGGCUGGGGGGGAC